AUGCAGGUCAAAGGCGUAAUCAUCGCUCUUUUGGGCAUCUCUGCCAUUACAGAAGCUGCUGUUGUUCAAAAACGACACCCCCUGGCUCGCGCUCUCCAACGACGACAAUUCGGCGGCGGUCGAUUUGGAGGUGGUGGCCGUGGAGGAGGCGGUGGCGGCAACAAUGGUGGUCAGGCCAACAAUGGCGGAAACAACAAUGGCCAAGCUAACAACGGCGGUAACAACGGCGGCAAUAAUAAUGGAGGCAACAACGGAGGCGGCAACGGCGGUGGCGGCAACACUCUGGACGCCAACGCCGUGCAAACUGGUUCGCAGCAAGAUGGCAACAACCCUGGAUCGGAUGAGCAAGCUGCCUCUGCAACGCAAACACUCACCAAUGGAGAGCAAAACCGGGACGGCUCGUGUAACGGUAUUCCUAUGGGAAAGAUUCCUGGAGCCAACAACAUGGUUUCUUCAGUCUUCACAUCGCCUCAAAACGGCGACAACGUUCAAGCCAAUCAAGACUUUGAUAUCUCAGUGCAGUUUAUCAACUUUGCACCUGGCUCGUUCACUAAUGCAACAACCACCUACUAUUCUGCUCCUCAGGACCUAGACGGUGGUGGUAACAUCAUCGGUCAUACCCACGUCACUGUCCAGGACACUGGCGAUAGUCUGAACCCUACUCAGCCUUUGGACCCUCAGCAAUUUGCCUUCUUCAAGGGUAUCAACGAUGCUGGAAACGGCCAAGGUCUCCUCACUGCCAAGGUCGACGGCGGUCUGCCUGCCGGCAACUACCGUAUCUGCAGUAUGUCUGCCGCAUCCAACCAUCAGCCAGUCCUCAUGCCUGUUGCUCAGAGAGGAGCACAGGAUGACUGCAUUCGUAUCACCGUUGGAGGUGGCAACGGCGGCGGCGGCGGCAACAAUGGAGGUAACAACGGUGGCAACAACGGAGGUCAGGGCGGCAACAAUGCAGGUAACAACGGAGGUCAAGGUGGUGGCCAGAACGGCGGCAACCAAGGUGGCCAAGGUGGUCAAAACGGAGGCCAGAAUGGCGGAGACCAAGCAGCUGAUGCCGGUGGUGACCAGAAUGCUGGUGGCCAAGGUGGUGAUCAGAACGGAGGUCAGCAGGGAGGAGACCAGAACGGAGGAGACCAAGCAGCUGAUGCCGGCGGUGACCAGAAUGCUGGUGGCCAGGGUGGUGAUCAAAACGGAGGUCAAGGAGGAGAUCAGGGCGGCCAAGGUGGUAACCAGAAUGGCGGCGGUGGUCAGGGAGGUCAAGGCGGACAAGGUGGCAACGGAGGUGGCUUCGGUAGAGGUGGCUUCGGUAGAGGUGGCUUCGGUGGUUUCCAGGCGGCUUCGGCAGGGGAUGGGUCUGGCAACAAGACAGCCUCAGCAGCAUGA